AUGCAACGAGACAAUGGAUCUUACAGUAGCUCUAGCGAUCUCCUGGACAGCCAUGUACUGGGCAACGAGAAACUUGUGCCAGCGAUGGAGAGGUCCGUGAGAUCUAGCGUUGACGGGAACAGUGUCGAGAUAGGGGAAAUAACAGAAUCACCAGAAACAGAUUAUAUGAGUACUUCAGCUAUAUUACACUAUUGUAAAUCAAAAAUAUUAGUACCAUACCUUAAACUAUUAACGGUUAUGGGCCUGCGGCCGGUGACUGAUACGUCGAACUCCUCAAGAUGUGGGGUCUGCUUCUCACACUUCCAUUCAGCACAAGUGGCAGUGUUUAUGUGUUUAGGAUAUAUAUUGCAAUAUAUGGCAUGUUUUAGAAGAGACAGGGGAUUUUGUUACAAACUAGUGCCGUUAGCGUUAUCUUCCUCGUUGGAAUAUGAUGCGUACAGAAAAGUCUGUUACGGCAACAUCACCUUUACUUAUAUUGGGCCCAGUGUGUUGCACUUCUUAGGAUUCCUGUAUGCACUUUAUCUCUUCAGGAUAUCUGAUAAUGAACAAUUGCAAAAUCUUAUGGAGAGGGUGUUCCUCUUAUCGUCGUACGCCCCUCAAGGAACACCGACAACAAAACCAAAGAAAUUGCUGCGAAUGCUUUGGUUCUUUAUUAGUUUAAGUGUCCUUUGGAUGUGUGUGUCAUUGUGCUCCGUAAACCUCAUGAUGGCAAAGGGAACUAUUAUGUUUAGAUGGAUGGAAAACAGUUCCGAUGAGUUGUUGCUUUUUUUAAAAAUACUUCUUAUAGUAUGUACAUUGAUCCAUGAUAUGAUUCAAGCAACGGUCAUUACGAGCUACUGCCUGCAAGCUCAAUUGUUGCAAGCGCACCUAAUGUUCCUAAGGGAACGCUUACUUAAUCGCACCAUAUCGCCGCUAAAUUGGAUGAGGGAAAUAGCUGAAUUUCGCAAGCUUCUAAAAUACCUAAACGAUGAUCUAGCACCGGCCGUUUGUUUAUUUACGAUUGUGAACUCUUCAUGGGCGGUGUCUGGCAUCAUGUGGUUACUAGACCUGGACAAAGUGGAUACGGGAACGGAGCCAAUAGCAGGAAUAAGCAUUUUGAAUCAGCUACUAUGGAUAUCGGCCGUGGUCGUACCUUUUAUACAGGCAGCAAGACUAUCAGCGGAAUGUCACCGCACACAAUCCGUCGGGCACGAGUUGUGUGUGCGACCAUUUUUACACCAGGAUACAUCGCAAGAAGACAUCACCACAGUACUCGCUUUCGCCACAUCCCUCAAACUUCGCGCGAAACUAUUCUGCUAUCCCAUUUCCUCCCGAUAUCUGUGUCUUAUUUUGACAUUAGCCACUAUUAUAUUAUUUGCACUUGGUAUGUGUCAUUAUUUACAAUGA